CGGCGAAGGCCCCGCCCACACAGCGCCGCAGCGCCGGGACGGUGGAGCACGCCGGCCGCGCCAUGCCCCCUCUGGAGGCGAUCCGCUACUCGCGGGGCUCGCUGCAGGUCCUCGACCAGCUGCUGCUGCCCCAGCAAUGCCGCUACGAGGAGGUGGCCUCGGUGCGCCAGGCCUGGAAGGCGAUCCACGCCAUGAAGGUGCGCGGCGCGCCGGCCAUCGCGCUCGUGGGGUGCCUCAGCCUGGCCGUGGAGCUGCAGGCCGGGGCCGGGGGGCCGGGGCUCGCCGCGCUCGUGGCCUUCGUGCGCGACUCGCUGAGCUUCCUGGUCACCGCCCGGCCCACCGCCGUCAACAUGGCCCGCGCCGCCCGCGACCUGGCCGACGCCGCAGCCCGAGAGGCCGAGCGGGAGGGCGCCACGGAGGAGGCCGUGCGGGAGAGAGUGAUCUGCUACGCUGAAGACAUGUUGGAGAAAGACCUCAAGGAUAAUCAGAGCAUCGGAGACCUGGGAGCCCACCACCUCCUGGAGCGGGCAGCCCCCACGGGCGGCAAGGUGACCGUGCUGACCCACUGCAAUACGGGUGCCUUGGCCACUGCUGGGUAUGGCACAGCCCUGGGUGUGAUCCGCUCGCUGCACAACCUCGGUCGCCUGAAGCAUGUCUUCUGCACGGAGACCCGGCCCUACAACCAGGGGGCCCGGCUGACCGCCUUCGAGCUGGUCUAUGAGCAGAUUCCCGCCACCCUCAUCACCGACAGCAUGGCAGCCGCCGCCAUGGCUCACCAGGACGUGUCAGCUGUGGUUGUGGGAGCUGACCGCGUGGUUGCCAAUGGUGACACAGCCAACAAGGUGGGCACCUACCAGCUGGCCAUCGCUGCCAAGUACCAUGGCAUCCCCUUCUACGUAGCUGCCCCCAGCUCCUCGUGUGACCUCCGUCUGGAGACAGGCCAGCAGAUCGUCAUUGAGGAGCGCCCAAGCCAGGAGCUGACCGACGUCAACGGGGUCAGGAUUGCAGCCCCCGGAAUUGGGGUCUGGAAUCCUGCCUUCGAUGUCACCCCCCAUGACCUCAUCACUGGAGGCAUCAUCACAGAGCUGGGUGUCUUUACCCCCAAAGAACUCCAGGCAGCCCUAAGCACCGCCGCUUUGAGGGUGGGGACAUUAGAUGGAGCCCAGAAGUAACCAGCCCGGCUCUCCAUCCCCUGCCCCAUCCCCUUAGGUUUUAUAAUAAAAUGUAUUGAAUAGUC